AUGAGGAAGCAGCUCGACCCCCGUAUCCCGGCUCUCAUCGCCAAUGGGGUCAAGACCAACCACCGUUCCUUCUUCGUCAUGGUCGGCGACCGUGGACGCGACCAGGUCGUCAACCUCCACUUCCUCCUCUCGCAGGCCCGUGUCUCUUCCCGUCCCAAUGUCCUCUGGUGCUACAAGAAGGAGCUUGGCUUUACCACUCACCGCAAGAAGCGUGAGGCCAAGAUCAAGCGUGACAUUAAGCGUGGCAUUCGCGAGGCCAACGAGCAGGACCCCUUUGAGCUCUUCAUUGCCGUGACCGACAUCCGCUACGCCUACUACAAGGACUCGCCCAAGAUUCUUGGUCAGACCUUUGGCAUGGUUGUGCUCCAGGACUACGAGGCCAUCACGCCCAACCUCCUCGCCCGUACCAUUGAGACUGUCGAGGGUGGCGGUAUUGUGGUGCUUCUCCUCAAGACCAUGUCGAGCUUGAAGCAGCUGUACACCAUGUCCAUGGACGUCCACAACCGCUACCGCACCGACGCCCACCAGUUCGUUCAGCCCCGCUUCAACGAACGUUUCAUUCUCUCGCUCGGCUCAAACAACGACUGCCUCGUCCUCGACGACGAGCUCAACGUUCUUCCCCUCAGCAAGGGCAAGGAUAUUGGCCUGAUCAAGGAUGGAGAGGACGACCGCGGAAGGAAGAGGAAGGCGGAGGAGCUCAAGGAGAUGAAGGAGAGCCUCGACACUGUGGAGAUUGUGGGACCCUUGGCAAAGCUCGCCAAGACGGUGGACCAGGCCAAGGCUUUGCUCACUUUUGUGGAGGCCAUCUCGGAGAAGACUUUGUCGUCGACUGUCACCCUCACCGCCGGCCGUGGUCGCGGAAAGUCGGCCGCUCUUGGUCUCGCUAUCGGUGCCGCUCUUGCACAUGACUACUCGAACAUCUUUGUUACCUCGCCCGACCCCGAAAACUUGAAAACUCUGUUCGAGUUUGUGUUCAAGGCCCUUGACGCUCUUGGUUACGAGGAGCACGUCGACUAUGACGUCGUGCAGUCCACCAACCCCGAGUUUAAGAAGGCGAUUGUCCGUGUCAACAUUUUCCGCGGCCACCGCCAGACUAUCCAGUACAUUUCGCCAGAGGACGCUCACGUUCUUGGCCAGGCCGAGCUUGUCAUCAUUGACGAGGCUGCCGCCAUUCCCCUUCCCCUCGUCAAGAAGCUCAUGGGCCCGUACCUCGUCUUCAUGGCCUCGACCAUCAACGGUUAUGAGGGCACUGGUCGUUCGCUGUCGCUCAAGCUCAUCCAGCAGCUGCGUGAGCAGACUCGCCCCACCGUCACCAAGGCCGAGCCCGCGUCCGCUUCGGCUGGUCCCUCAAAGGCUGGCUCUGGCGGCCGUGGUGGCUCGGGCCACGCCCGUUCGCUGCGCGAGAUCAAGCUCGAGGAGCCUAUCCGUUACUCGCCCGGUGACCAGGUGGAGAAGUGGCUCAACCACUUGCUCUGCCUGGACGCCACGGUCGUGUCCAAGGCCGCCCAGGGCUGCCCUCACCCUUCGCAGUGCGAGUUGUACUACGUCAACCGUGACACUCUCUUCUCGUACCACGCCGCAUCUGAGGUCUUCCUUCAGCGCAUGAUGGCGCUGUACGUCGCGAGUCACUACAAGAACUCGCCCAACGACCUCCAGAUGCUCUCGGACGCUCCUGCUCACCACCUGUUUGUGCUGCUGCCUCCUCUGAAGGAGGACGACACGUCGCUCCCGGAUCCCCUUGUCGUCAUUCAGGUCGCCCUCGAGGGUAACAUUUCGCGCGACGCUAUCAUGAAGGAGCUCUCGCACUCCGGUACCCGCAGUGCCGGCGACAUGAUCCCCUGGGUCAUUGCCCAGCAGUUCCAGGACAACGACUUUGCCCAGCUCUCUGGUGCUCGUGUUGUUCGUAUCGCCACCCACCCAGACUAUGCCCGUAUGGGCUACGGUGCUCGUGCUCUUGAGGCCCUCAACUCGUUCUACUCGGGCGAGCUCACCGACCUGGACGCCGUCAUGGAGGACCCCUCGGCUGCGUACACUGACAAGAUUGCGUCUAACGCCACCCUUGCGGACGACACUAUUGCCGUUCGCGAUGUCGCCCGCAUGCCUCCUCUCCUCCAGCGUCUCUCUGAGCGCAAGCCCGAGAACCUCGACUACCUUGGUGUCUCGUUUGGCCUCACCCCCGAGCUCCUCCGCUUCUGGAAGAAGGCCGGCUACUCGCCCCUCUACGCCUCGCAGAAGGAGAACGAGCUCACUGGCGAGCACACGUUUGUCUUCCUCCGUUCGUUGCUUAGCAACGUUGCCCAGUCCGAGGGUUGGCUCUCGGCCUUUUCGCAGGACUUCCGUCACCGUUACAUGAGCCUCCUCUCGUACGACGCGUUCAAGAAGUUCCCCGCCCAGGUCGCCCUGAGCGUCAUUGACGCUGCCGGCCGCAAGGCCGAGGAGGCCAAGCUGGUCACUGCCGACGAGCUCAACUCGCUCAUCUCGCCCUUUGACAUGAAGCGUCUCGAGUCGUACGCCGACAGCAUGGUCGACUACCACGUCGUCCUCGACCUUGUCCCCACCCUUGCCGAACUCUACUUCGCCAAGCGUCUCGGCGGCGAGUUUGGCCUCAGCGCCGCUCAGCAGGCCAUCCUCCUCGCCCUGGGCCUGCAGCGCAAGCCCAUCGAGGCCCUCGAGACCGAGCUCGGUGCCCCUUCCCACCAGGUCCUUGCCCUCUUUGGCAAGCUCGUCCGCCGCGCCACCAAGCACCUCCAGGACAUCCAGAAGGAGGCUAUUGGCGCCGACCUGCCCGCCGAGGCGCCCAUUGUCGCCCUCAAGCCCGCGGCUACCACCGUGGCAGAGGACAUUGCCGAGGCCGCCACGGAAGAGAAGGGCCGUAACCGCCUCGCACAGCGCGAGCUCCUCGACUCGCUGGACAUGGCCGAGUUUGCCAUUGACGCCGGUGCCGACUUCACCUCGGCUGAGAAGCAGGUCCAGGCCAUUGCCAAGGCUACACCCGAGCAGCGUUCGCGCCUCUCGACCACUGUCAGCGUCAAGGGCAGCGCCACGGCUGACGCUGCCGCUGCUGCUCCGGAGAAGAAGGAGAAGCGCAAGGAGAAUGGCGGCGGCGGCGGUGCCGCCAACAAGCGGAAAAAGGCCAAGCGCGAUUAA